CAAAUAUUUAGAAAUGUCUCUCGACUCAACACAAUCAUGCGCUGAUUGAAUCAUACGAAAGGACAAGUUUGACCGUGAUGCGUCCGCCGGACAAUUGUGCAACCAGUCCAUAUGCGAGAUCCACGAGGAGCUCUAACUUGACCGUGGUAAAGUAUUUUAGGGCUAUGGCGAAUUAGUUGGCAGUGCUAAUCAUAUAGGAUACUGGGCUUAAUACUUAAUAAUCAAGAACUUGCGUUACUACUAGUAAUGAUGUCUCGCGUAGAACUGGCAGUUGGUUGGAUGUUCGGAAUGCUUACUAUACUUGCCACCAUGUGGCAUGCUAACAACCGACUCAAACCGGCAGAACAUCAAUCUAUAGAAUACACUUACGCUGCUGACGAUUACCCAUGGGAAUUUCCUGUCGAUCUCACCCAUGAAGCCGUCGCGAUGACUCUUCACGAGAGUAUGCAUUUUGCUCUAAACGCAUCUGACACAGAAUCCCAACUGGAGUGGGAGAGCCUCCCAAGUUGGCCGAAAAUAGUUAGUCGCACCCAUCUAGGACCAGAGCAGCGACUUUUCGUGCUGGUCUUCGGUCAUCAGCUUCACUGUUUAUGGAUACUACAAGAAGCUCUCCUCGACUACAACCGUGACGAACCCCUGACCAAUUAUCAUCACGCACAUCACUGUCUCAAUUAUCUUCGGCAGACUCUUAUGUGUGAUUCUGCACAUACGCUGGAAAUGGGAGACUUUCUGAAAGUCGAUUACGAGAAGGACAGAGUGGGGGACACAUUAGUGUGCAGGGACUGGAGCAAGGCCAUUUCUGUAUCUGAAGAGUACCACGAGAAGUGGUUGCAGUGGAGGGCGCAUUGGAAUUGAAUUGACAUGCUACUUCGUAUGCUUCAAUCCAUUCGAACAUUCAGUCUCUACUAGUAGUACUGUCUUAUAUUACGGA